GGGACGCGGAAAAAAAAUUAAAUGUUAAAAUUAAAAAUUAAAAAUUAAACUGAAAAAAAGCAAAUUCUUGAACUAAAACAGCAACAGUUAUCAGUAGCAAAAGUAUCGAAAGUAAUAAAAAGAAAUCGUAGAGUAAUACACAAUUUCUUAAAAAAUGUUGAAGAUCAUGGCAAAAAGAAAAGUACUGGUCGGCCGUCAUCGUUAUCCGAUCAUGAUAAGCGAGAAAUUUUGCGUGUAGCUUCCAACUCGCAGUUAACAACGGAGCAAAUAAUGGAAAAAUCUAGUUUUAGUGCCAGUGUUUCAACUGUUUGUCGAGUUUUACUAUCUUGCAAAGAUAUUAAGAGGCUAAAAUUGAAAAAGAAACCUUCGUUAACAACGAAACACAAAGCAGAACGUUUACGCUUUGCAAAAUGCAUUGGAAAAAAAAUGAAGAAGGGUACUAUUUUCAGACGAAAAAGAUUCAACUUGGAUGGUCCUGAUGGGUUCCAAUAUUAUUUUUAUGACACGAGAAAAGAGACAAUGUCAGCAAUUCGACGACAAAUGGGAGGAGACAGCGUGAUGGUUUGGACCGGCAUCGGUUAUUUCAGUAAGGGUAGAUGGCGUCUUAGGUGACAGCAUAAUUGUGAGCAGUGUUCGAAAUGGUUGGUGAUCCGCAUGAUUGUGGGCAUUUUGUAUUCAUUUAAGAGUUAGCUCACGCAAAAUGACUGCGAUUGUACAAGAAGAUAAUGAGUUAAAGAGGUUACUCGGUAACCCUGCAAAAAAUGCUGGGGAGGAUAACUUGAUGGGUCCACCGCAGACGACUAAUGUUCCGCGACCAAGUACAUCACAAAAUUUGAACCCCCAAUCACUGAUAAAUCCAAUGACUCCAGCUAAUAGUACAAAAGAAGUGAUAGAACCAUGUUUACAAAAUGUAGUUUCUACAGUCAACUUAGGCAUAGAAUUACCACUUAUGUAUAUAAAUACAAGGACAAGAAAUUCUGAAUAUAAUCCAGCAAGAUUUACGGGUUUAGUCAUGAGAAUUAGAAAUCCUAGAGCUACUGCAUUGAUUUUUCAUUCAGGGAAAUUAGUGUGUACAGGAGCUAGAUGUGAAGAGGACUCUUUUCUAGCGACAAGGAAGUUCGCAAGAAUAAUUCAGAAGCUAGGUUUUACAGUCAAGUUUUAUAAUUUUAAAAUACAAAAUAUAGUUGCUACAUGUGAUUUAAAAUUUCCAAUUAAACUAGAAAAUUUAAAUCAUAUGCAUGGUCAAUUUUCUAGUUAUGAACCUGAGCUUUAUCCAGGUCUUAUAUAUAGAAUGGUAUCGCCAAGAGUGGUAUUGCUUAUAUUUGUAAAUGGUAAAAUUGUAUUAACAGGAGCAAAGAAUCGAGCUGAACUGCAGGAUGCACUAAACAAUAUAUAUCCAAUACUGAAAAGUUUUAGGAAGCAAUAACAGAAUUUUCAAUAUUUUAAGCUGCUUUUUACGUUAAUAUACGAUUUGUAUGAGGACAAUUCAAAUGUACUAUACAUUAACUGAUUUAAUUUAAUUAAAUCAAAUUGAUGUAACUUAUUAACUUAUUUAUUAAUAGUGAAUUAUAUUGCAGUGAUGCUUCUUGUUUGUAAUUAUUGAAGAAACUUCAAUAGAUCUUGUGCAGUAAAUUAAUUGUGUAAUUUAUAUAAACACUGUACAAAUGAUAUAACAUAUAAAUAUAUAAUAUGUUAAAUUAACACUCUUGA